UUGGCGCCUCUGUUUCUAUUUCUAACACUUGUUUCUCUCUCUUCCUCGAAGUAUUCAAACAAACCCUAAAAAAUUCAAAGCAUUCAAACUGACUGGUAAAAAUUUAAAUGCCCAGUACCACUGAGACAGUGAGUGUGAGUCUGUGAGAGAGACCCAAAACAACAACUUUCUUUUUUUCUCCCGUUCUUCAAAAACAAGUUAUUAAUUAUUGUCUUCACCGCUCCUCUCAACUCUUUAACGGGCUUUAAUUCAAAAUUCCUUUCUGAUUUCUCACCCACUUUCACUUAGUUAUUAAGGUGUUAGGGUUUAAACCCGAAUUCCAUUUCUACGGAUUUUUCUGUAUAUUCUCUUCUCUCAUGUGUAUCUGAUUAAUCAUCAUUACAUCAAGAAAAACAGGCGACUGGCACAACCAUUUCCCAAUGACAACUGGAGGUGCUCUUUUUGAUGACAUGCGGACAAAUCGCGAGGUUGCUGAGUCUCUCCAAAUCGAAGACAUGGUGGAAAUCAAUGAAAAUGUGACUCCGCUACAGCGUUUAAAUCCUAACGUGGUUGUUACCAGCAGUGUCCGUGAGCUAUUGGAGUGCCCUGUAUGUUUAAAUGCCAUGUACCCUCCUAUUCAUCAGUGUUCAAAUGGCCAUACAUUGUGUUCUGGAUGCAAACCUAGGGUGCAUAACCGUUGCCCCACUUGCAGGCAUGAACUUGGCAACAUAAGAUGUCUUGCGUUGGAGAAGGUGGCAGUUUCUCUCGAUCUCCCAUGUAAAUAUCAGAAUUUUGGAUGCCUGGGUAUUUAUCCAUACUACAGCAAGCUAAAGCAUGAAUUACAGUGUGCAUACAGACCCUAUAAUUGUCCCUAUGCUGGUUCCGAGUGUACUGUUAUGGGCAGUAUCCCUUUUCUUGUGACCCACCUUAAAGACGAUCAUAAAGUUGACAUGCAUAACGGAAGCACCUUCAAUCAUCGCUAUGUCAAAUCUAAUCCACAUGAAGUUGAAAACGCCACCUGGAUGCUCACGGUUUUCAGUUGCUUUGGAGAAUACUUCUGCCUACAUUUUGAAGCAUUCCAAUUAGGGAUGGCUCCUGUUUAUGUGGCGUUCUUACGGUUUAUGGGUGAUGAACAUGAGGCGAAGAACUACACCUACAGUCUAGAAGUGGGAGCAAAUGGCAGAAAAAUGGUGUGGCAAGGGGUGCCAAGGAGCAUAAGGGAUAGUCACAGGAAAGUUCGUGAUAGUUUUGAUGGACUAAUAAUCCAACGGAACAUGGCUUUGUUCUUCUCAGGAGGAGACAGGAAGGAGCUGAAGCUUCGGGUUACCGGCAGGAUUUGGAAAGAGCAGUGAAGGUUUCUUUUCCUUCUCACUCUUUUGUGCUAGAUUAGAUCUUCUUUUGUAGCGGUCACCUCUCCCACCUUUUCAUGUGUUGUCUGUUUUUUGUUAUGGAUUGGAGAAAAAGCAAACUCUCUUUGCUUGUCCAUUUCAUCAAAUGCAUGAUCAGAAACACUUCAUUGAAUAUCACAUAUAUCGGCAUAUUCCUGGUUCUCUAAUAUGAGGUGAAAUAUAUACACCUGAGAUCUACUAUAGGCUUCUAUUCUUAAUUAGUCAUGGCUACUGCU